UAGCUGACAUCACCCUGGCAGAAUGGGGCAGGAAGGCCAUCGAAAUUGCAGAAAACGAAAUGCCUGGCCUGAUGAAGAUGAGGGAGAUGCACUCGAAGAGCAAACCUCUGAAAGGGGCCCGGAUUGCCGGUUGUCUGCACAUGACUCUCCAGACAGCUGUGCUCAUUGAGACCCUGACGGCACUGGGAGCUGAGGUGCAGUGGUCAAGCUGCAAUAUCUUCUCCACCCAAGAUCAUGCUGCUGCAGCCAUUGCCAAGACCGGGGGUACCAGUGUACGCCUGGAAGGGGGAGACCGAUGAAGAGUACAUCUGGUGCAUUGAGCAGACCCUAUAUUUUCCUGAUGGAAAACCACUCAACAUGAUCCUUGAUGAUGGAGGAGAUCUCACAAACCUUGUUCACACCAAACAUCCAGAGCUGCUGAAAGGAAUUAAGGGGAUCUCUGAAGAGACGACCACAGGCGUGCACAACCUGUACAAAAUGAAAGCUGAAGGGACCCUAAAAGUACCUGCCAUCAAUGUCAAUGACUCUGUGACAAAGAGUAAAUUUGAUAACCUGUACGGUUGCCGAGAGUCCCUGAUUGAUGGCAUUAAGCGAGCCACUGAUGUGAUGAUUGCAGGGAAGGUUGCAGUGGUUGCAGGGUAUGGCGAUGUUGGAAAAGGUUGUGCUCAAGCUUUAAGGGCCUUUGGUGCACGUGUCAUCAUCACGGAGAUAGACCCCAUCAAUGCGCUGCAGGCAGCCAUGGAAGGUUAUGAGGUCACAACAAUGGAUGAAGCUUGUAAAGAAGGGAACAUUUUUGUCACUACAACAGGGUGUGCAGACAUUGUUGAAGGCAGACACUUUGAGCAGAUGAAGGAUGAUUCCAUUGUUUGCAACAUUGGCCACUUUGAUGUUGAACUCGAUGUGAAGUGGUUAAAUGACAACGCUGCCAAGAAAGUGAACAUCAAGCCGCAGGUGGACCGCUACCUCUUGAAAAAUGGGCGCCACAUUAUAUUACUUGCUGAAGGCCGUCUAGUAAAUUUGGGAUGUGCGAUGGGUCACCCUAGCUUUGUCAUGAGCAAUUCCUUCACUAACCAGGUCAUGGCGCAGAUUGAACUGUGGACCAACACUGACAAAUAUCCUGUAGGAGUGUACUUCCUGCCCAAAAAGCUUGAUGAAGCCGUGGCAGCUGCCCAUCUUGAUAAGCUUGGAGUGAAACUGACUAAGCUUUCAGACAAGCAAGCAAAGUACCUUGGCUUAGAGAAGGAAGGACCCUUCAAACCUGACCAUUACAGAUAUUGA